GCACUGCACGCUCCCGCACUCGCCUCUCUGCCGCCUUCUUCUGGCACACAGGAGUUUAACUCCUGGCUCCAAAUGUUACCCGUUUAGUGACAAAUCGAUUCGGGGGUUUAGGACAACGUCUUCGGUGAAUUGUUUUUCGCGGUACCGUGAGCGAAGACCUGAGCGGCGCGUGUCCAGAGUCAGCCAGUCAGUCAGUGACGUUGACACAGCAGUAAGGUUAGUGGUGUUUGAUGUGUGGACGGUCUCUCGCCUGCGUCCCCCCCCAGCGUCUGCCACAAUGAGCGAAUACUUCAGCCUGUCGGACAGUGACGUUAUCGGCUUCGACCUGGACCACACGCUCUGCCGCUACCACCUGAAGGAGACCUCCAGGCUGAUCUAUGAGAGCUUUGCCAGGUAUCUGGUGGAGCAUAAAGGCUAUGACAAGGACCUGCUGAACCUAACCCCGGCUACCUGGGAUUUCUGUUUUAAAGGACUAGUAGUGGAUCUGGAGGAUGGAAACCUUGUGAAGCUGGCUGAAGAUGGAACUGUUUUGCGAGCGACCCACGGAAGCGUUGACCUGAGCACAGAAGACAUCAUCAAACAUUACGGUCCAAAAAGAGAGUGGAAGCACUUCAACAGCCUCAAUACUUCCUUCACAAGAUCUGCAAAAUAUUAUUUCUAUGACAACUACUUUGAUUUGCCUGGGGCUCUCCUCUGUGGAAGAGUUGUGGACAUGUUGCAUAAGCGGGGAAAUGAGGUGAAUUCCGACUUUUGGAAAGACAUGGUUGCUGCCAUCGACCACAAUUACAACACAUCUGCAUUCAAAGAGGAUGCAGGGACGUACUUCCCCAGUGUGAAGAGGGACCCGGGCCGGUACCUGCAGCCCUGCUCCGACUCGGUCAAGACCUGGCUACGCAGCAUGAAGAGCGCCGGGAAGGUCCUCCUCCUCAUCACCAGCUCCCACAGUGACUACUGCAGGCUUAUCUGUGAACACAUCCUGGGCAAGGAUUUCGAAGAGCUAUUUGACGUCAUCAUCACGAACGCCCUGAAGCCCGGUUUCUUCUCCUUGGUGCCCCAGCAGAGGCCCUUCAGGACCCUUGUGAACGACGUGGAGGAGAGCGAGGGGCUGCCGGCGCUGGACAAACCCGGCUGGUACUCCCAGGGCAACUGGCCACACCUCCACGAGCUGGUCAAGACCAUGACGGGCAAACCAGAGCCCAAGGUUGUGUAUUUUGGAGAUAGCAUGAGGUCGGACAUGUUCCCUGCCACCACCUUUGGGAACUGGGAGACAGUGAUGAUCGUGGAGGAAAUGGAGGGGGAGGGCGUCCCCAAGAGUGAUGCAGCCAUGUCCAAUGAGGCCCAAGUGGAGCCGCUGGAGAAGAAGGGAAAGUUUGAGGACCAGGGCAUGAAGUCCCCCUCUGACGUGUCCAAGCAGUGGGGCUCCUACUUUGUGGACGUACAUGGAAGCGGAGGGGAGGAAGAGAGCCAGAAACUGACCUGGUGCUGCCACUGCAUUCACAAAUACAGCACCGUGGCCAUCCCCAGUGUGGAGCACAUAGCAGAUCUCCCUCUGGAUUACAAGUUCCCCAGGUUUUCUCCGGACAAGCCCUGCACCACAGGCUACUACCCCAGGCCCCCGGAUUCUUUGUUGAAGAUGUGCGAGAGUCUGUCGUAAAAAAAAAAGAAUGGAAAAAGUUUUUAAAAAAAGAAAAG